UUAAUACAUGAUGGGAUACGUGAACACGGCAGUUGCUUUCGCUGCAACCUUUACAUAGCUCUGUUUCGCCCAGUCGAGUCAUCCAAUCAGCGCCUAGUACUAAAGCACAUCGUUGCCUGUUUGUCACGUGAAGAAUGGUUAGCCAAUGGAGAAAAGGUUUACAAUUGGGUAUCUGCUCUCUAGAAGUGGAGUGAUACUCGCGAGUUAGGGUGGCUUGUUUUCUGGCUUGAGUAAUUAAGAGUGUAGCCUCUUUUCCACUUUCUCUACUAGUUGUAGCUUUGACCUCAUGUGACAAAGCGCCAUAACAAGCUCAGCCAUGGGACCUCAGAAGCUUCUGAUGCCUCGUGCAAGAUUGUCCUUCACGAAGGAAAUCUCAUGGAACGCUGGUAGAGAACAGAAAAAGCGACCUGUGGGCUGCCUGUGCUUGGCUGCCGUCACAUUUCUCGUUCUCAUUCCUGUAUCCAACCCUCGUCUCGAAAAUAUCGAGGUAGACGCCAACGAGGUGAAAUACUGGGCUUUGAAGUUUGGGAAAAGCAUUGCUACAAGUGGUGCUCGAGCGACUUGCUUGGCAAAGCUUACAGAGAACUUCAAUUAUGGCUCCAAAGUGGAAUGGGUUAGUGCCAAUAGCAUGUUGGAAGAUAUGAGGGUCGACGUUCAACACAUGUUGUCAUGGAAGCAACAAGCAGUGGAGAGAAUAGUUCGAGUGGCCGAGGAUUAUGCCGCAAAACACGAAUAUGAUAAGCAUCUCAAAUAUGAUUAUUUCAAUAUGAAGAAGUUGUACGACCCCAGUGAACCUCCACCAGAGGAUGAAAAUAGAGACUCCGAUUGGCGGUCUUUCCAUCUUGAGAAACACCACAAUUUUGACCAAUUCAAAGUCAACCCCCAAUACAGUGCUAUGCAUGUCCCCACCAAUGUGUACGACAAAGAUCCAGAGGUAGUGAACGCCAUCAAAUGGUCAGAGUAUUUGACAACAACCUUCCGUAACAACCUGGCUGUUGAUCCUGCUCUUACAUGGCAGUUCUUUUGCAGCAGUACUGGAUUUCUUCGUCUUUUUCCAGCUAUGAAAUGGCCUCAGACAGAGGGGCCAGAUCUUUACGACUGUCGCAUGAGACACUGGUAUGUCCAGACUGCAGCUUCAGCCAAAGAUGUAGUCAUAUUGUUAGAUGGAAGUGGUUCUAUGACUGGAUUACGGAAGGAGAUUGCAAGAAAUGUUGUUUUCAGCAUAUUGGACACACUAAGUGACAACGACUACUUGUCAAUUCUAAGGUUUUCAGAUAUCAUUGAACCCGUUGUUCCGUGUUUUGAAAAUUCCUUGGUGCAAGCCAAUGAACAGAACAUUCGAGAAUUGAAAGAACAUCUGGAGACCUUAGAUACCAGAAACAUUGCCAAUUUUACUCUUGGCUUGGUGACUGCAUUUGAAAUAUUACAAAAGUACAACCGGACUGGACAAGGGAGCCAGUGUAAUCAAGCAAUAAUGCUGAUUACUGAUGGUGCCCCCUAUACCUAUGAAGAAAUUUUCCGUCAGUACAACUGGCCAAAUAUUCCGGUUCGUGUGUUCACCUACCUCAUUGGUCGAGAAGUCACUGACAUUAGGGAAGUGAACUGGAUGGCUUGUGCUAAUAGAGGCUACUAUACCCAUGUGGCCACACUGGCAGAAGCUAGAGAACAGGUUGAAAAAUACAUUCCAGUAAUGAGCAGGCCAAUUGUCCUGUCUCGUAAACAUCCUGUUCUGUGGACAGCUGUGUAUGCCCACCCAGCCACUCAGAUGCUCUCAGAGUGGUUGUGGGAAGAGCGAGAGCAAUCUAUGAUGCAAAAAAUCCUGAUUCGAGAAAAAGAACACCAUAUGGAGCAGAAAGACUCUCAAAUGGUUCAGGAUGGGGAAAUUUCAAACCAAGCUGACAAUAGUGUGUCCCUUUUUAAAUUUUCCAACGAACCCCUUACCAAAGUAAAGAAGAAAAAAUCAGUACAGUUGAUGACAACAGUGGCAAUGCCUGUGUUUCAUCCUCGGAAUUCUACUGUGCAAGAUGCCAAAUUGCUUGGUGUAGCAGGAACUGACAUUAAGGUACAAAAGAUACAGAGGUUAACUCCUGCUUUCAAGUUGGGUGUUAAUGCAUAUGCAUUUAUUAUCACCAACAAUGGAUACGUCCUUUUCCAUCCUGACCUCCGCCCACUGUUCCAGGAUUUGUUAAAACCUGGCUACAGCAGUGUGGACAUAACAGAGGUUGAAUUACCAAACAAUCAGCUUCUUGCACGAGAACUUGAUGAAAUCCUGCUCACUAUUCGAAGAAAUAUGAUUGAUAGAAGGCUUGGGUGGGAAACACUUUCUGUGAAGGUUCAUCAAGAUAAUAUGAGGAGAGUCGUCACUAGAACAAACAAGUACUAUUACGCACCAAUAGACAAAACUCCUUUCUCACUGGCUAUUGUUCUGCCACAACCAUAUGGGAAUCAUCAAUUAUAUGGCCAUGUUGAAUUGAAGGGACUCUCACAUGACUAUGGUCAUAUUUUUCAUGGAAAAAAUUGGCGGGUUCACCCUGACUGGGUGUAUUGUGAAAAACCUCCUUCUGAGGCUGCCCAAAAUGAAAGCCCAGAGGAUUACUUGCAUAGAAUAUUUAAGGAUUCUAUUUCAACACAGAAUUUCAAAUGGAGAACUAGUAGUACUGCUCCUCCAAUUUUUGAUCAGCCAAUAUGUAACCCACUAUUUCUGCUACUGGUCCUGCUUCCCAGAGAAAAGGUGCUGAAAAUGUUUGGGAUGGUAACCACCUUCGUAGCAACUCGUAGUGGGUUCAUGAGGUUUGAGGAUCAUCAGUCCCCAGAAGAGAUAGCCAAUAACACAGAAAGGCCAUUCUAUGAUGUUCAUACAAGGGCUAUUGAUGAACUGUUCUACAAAAGAGCCGUUGACUUUUAUAGUGUUAACUCCUCAGCGUUUGUGUACUCUGUGCCUUUUGAUGCAGGAACAAAACGUGACCCACUUGUGACAGCUAGCCAUGCAAUUUUUGUCAGUGAAGGUGAAAAAAAAGCUCCAGUUGCUGUUGUAGGGCUACAGAUCCGACACUCAACUUUUGUAUCAGAGUUCUUCAAGGAAACAUCAAAAUGUAUUCAUAAGUGUCGAUACAACUGCAGUAACGAGAGACUCGACUGUUAUUUACUGGAUAACAAUGGUUUUAUCAUUGUAUCUGAGGUACACUCUCAGACAGGAAAGUUCUUUGGAGAAGUGGACUACACACUGUUUGACUCAAUGAUUAACUAUGGAAUUUAUAAUAGGGUUCACUUGUAUGAUUAUCAAGCAAUUUGUUUGGAUACCAUUGCUCCCUCUGGCCCAGCAUCCAUUUUAAUGACACCAUUCAAAAUGUUCUACUCAACAAUUCUUUGGAUGUGGGGGAAGUUUGCCUUGUUCAUGUUGGAGUUCAACUUGCUAAGUUGGUGGGGUGGAGAAUGGGCUAUAGCAUCAGAUUAUUAUGAUGCAUACAGUUUCAGCAUGGCUGACAUGUUGCCCAACAGGACUAGACCCAGACCUUGCGAUAAAGAAAUAGACCUCUAUGAAAUGCAGCCACAAAGUGCUGAAGAACCCAUCAAAGGCCGCCUUUCCAGAUGUCACUCUUCAGGCUGUGACAAGCACUUCAUAGUGCAGCAAGUUCCCUACACCAAUUUGGUGAUGUUGGUGGUGUACAAGGAUUGUCCAUGUGUAACCACUCCAGUCAAGCUUGAAUCCAAAGAGAUACAACAUAAUGAAACCCUGAGAUGUUUACGUAUGAAACACAGUAUGUACCGCAAGAGACCAGUCUCAUGUAUAAACUAUCAUCCUCAAGAGAAAACAAUCAAGCAGUGUGGGAGAGGCUCUCUAGUUUGUGCUUCCAUUCCUGUCCUUCUGGGGGCUCUCCUCUUCCAGUUAGUGAGAUGGUCCCUAUGAGCAUUUCUCUUGCAUAGAGAAGAGUCACUGUUGCCUUCUUGUUGAACGAACCUGAAGUUACUGUAAAUUGUGAGAGGUCUGUUGACUGGCCAACAAGAAAGGACAGGUACAAUUAGUCAUAUUGCUGUUCCUGAUUGGUUGGUGCUGAUAAAAGGUAACCAGGUUUCCCAAUUGUUCUGUGUAAUUAAUUAUUCUGCCAGUAUAUGUAUCUGACUCGUAUAAAAGGUUGCCUACUUGUUCUUAUUUCUCACCAACGCUGUAGCAGAAGAUGGAAUUUUAGGAAAGGUUAGUCAACACUCUUCUCCCAGAUUACGGAGAAAGAGCGUGGUGGUGUACUGUGAUGAACAACAAUGUAAAAAUUGCUACAUAUCGUGUGGUUAUCUGCCUGGACAAAUUAGUUGUCUAUGUAUCAUAAAACUGUGUGGUCUUUUUUGCACAAAACUAUAAUGUUAUUUGUAUAAAUUUAAUACCAAAUAUUAGUAAAUUAGGUGUACUGCAUUAAUAUACCUCUCAUUGUAAUAGGAAGGUCCUUCAACAGACUCCCAACCUUGAGUAUCGUGUAAUGAUAAUGAAUACUCAUCUCCACGAAAACAAAAAAUCCUUUUCCAGAUGUAAAAUUUUACAGAUUAUCAUUCCCAUUGUAAAAGAGAACCUUUUCACAAUACCAAGAGUUCCUUUAACAAGAUCCCACAAUAAACAGUCUCUUUAAUAGAUUCUCAUCUCCUCUGUAUGUGCACUAGUACCUGUAAUACACAUUCAUACUAGACGUCCACAUUAAUGGUUGCAGAGCUCUCCUAAACAAUAAACACAGUUCAGUAAUAGAUAGAUGAAAAUUUUCUCUGGUCUAUAACAUUGGUAGUAAUAAAGUCAAUUUAUUCAAACCUCAAUUGCCAUAGUAGCAAGGACACCUUGUAAGAAACAAAGUUAUUAUGUCCAUACACUCGAAUACUGUGUGGUAACAGGGAAAUUUGGUAUAAUGUCGUAUUUGAGACUAGCAACUAGAUAACUCUGUGUAUACUUGUAACAUUAGCAUUGUUGAAUGUAUAUUAAACAAUAUUAUUGUUAUGAGUUUAGUGUAAUUUCAACUGAAACUAUGUGUGAAUGUCUCUCUUAACUUUUUUAUUAUAGAACUUAUCAGAUAUGUAAAUUUGAGUCUCUAAGUAUUAUUUUCUUGUGCAAUGUAAUCUAGUAUUGUUUUAAUGAGCAUCCUAAGCCUUCUUACAUUAAUUUCAUCUAAUUAUAGAUUAAAUGAUGUUACAAGUCUUAAACCAGCUGCUUUAGCAAUGUAACUUCUUUUCACAGGAAGAAAUAAUUUUUAAAUAUGAUGAGAUUAAUAUAGUAAAGGUUAAUUCUCCUAUCUUAUUUAGGAUCGAAGCAAAAACUUAAUUUUUUUAAAUAAGCUAUAAGCAGUAGAAAUUGAAAUUUUUAUUAAUGACAGCUCAGCAGAUAAAUUUAAUGUAUAAUCAAUAAGAUAAUAUUGUAGAUUCCAACACAAACAAUUUAACUGGUGUGACAUGUUUUCUUUGAAAAAAAAAA